GCCUGUGGGGUAGGAUACAUUCUGCCGAGUGGCAGCAUUAUUUUUGUUCUGAGAUCCCCCGUCCUGUUGGCUUCCCAGCGCCGCGGCUUUGCCUGGAUCUCAACUAGCUUGGCUACUUUUGGUGUUGCGCCGCUUUUCAGUAACUUUCUGCUAUCAGCAUUUUGUUUGGCUGCACAGUGCGAGGAUCAGGGGACCCAACAGGACGGUCUGACCAAAAGUGCUUCAGGAUGUCCGUAUCCUCGCACCGCAAGAAGAGCAGCAGCCGCACUGUGAAGACGUCAUCAUCGGAGGAGCUCACCACAAUAACCAAGCAGGCCAAACGCCAAUACCUGGCUGUCGAUGAUGAGAGCCAUGUCGUCGGAUAUGUGGUGCCCGUCUUCAGAAGCAGCCAUUUAGUUGCCCAGGACCUAAUGGAGGCGCAGGAGGAGACGAAGGAGGAAGGUAUUGGCUAUGUUGUGAUGAAGAACCUCUUCUCCAAAGAGGAGGACUUCAAGAUGCAGAAGGUGGAGAAGAAGUCGAGGAGGGUGGUCAUUAGGGAGUCUGCCGAACGUCUGGUUGUGGGCAAAAAGGUGCAUGAAAAUCAGCAGUUUACGAAGCUGAUGAAUGAGGACAGCCUGGCCCACCCACCUGAGUUCAUAGUGAAGCCCAAGGGCCAGACUGUGUGGGAGGGCAAGACUGUGACGCUGCACUGUACCGUGGCUGGAUGGCCCAAACCACGCAUCGCCUGGUAUAAGAACAACGUCCCAAUUGAUGCCAAGGCCCGUCCCGAGAAGUACACAGCCGAGAGCAAUUACAACAUGCACUCUCUGGAGAUUAAAAACUGUGAUUUCAGUGACACCGCCGAGUAUCAUGCCGCAGCCCUGAACAUCAAGGGAGGGAGCUCCUCUUAUGCCCAUGUCGUUAUCAAAAGAUUCCAAGCAGAAGAAAAAGUUGCCGCUAAGCCACAUGGAUACUCCGAGGAGUUUGGCGUCACCUUCAAGACCGCCAUCAUCGAUAAGUUCGGGGUGUCCUUCGGCGUGGAGGGCCAGACCUUGAGCAUUGGCAGCACUGUGGUCAUCUACCCCACCGUCAAACGCUUCACACCAGAGGUGCUCUGGUACAGAAACAACACUCUCCUGAAGCCGUCUAAGUGGGUGUCCAUGCACUGGAGUGGAUUGAAGGCCACGCUGACCCUGAGCCAUCUCAACAAAGAGGAUGAAGGCCUCUAUACCUUGCGCAUCAACACCACGUCCGGCUUUGAGACUCACUCGGCCUUCGUCUUUGUGAGAGAUGCCGACGUGGAUGAGGAAGGUGCCCCUGUUGCUCCACUGGAUGUGAAGUGCCAUGAUGCCAAUAAAGACUACGUGGUAGUGACGUGGAAGCAGCCAGCCGUGGAGGGCAGCAGUCCUAUCGUGGGCUACUUCAUUGACAGGUGUGAGGUGGGCCAAACCCACUGGGCCCAGUGCAAUGAGUCGCCGGUGAAGUACGCCCGCUUCCCCGUGACGGGCCUGGUGGAAGGCCGCACCUACAUCUUCAGGGUGCGCGCCAUCAACAAGUUUGGCGUGAGCCACCCCUCCCGUGUCUCCGACUCGGUGAUCGCAAUGGACCCCUUCGACCGUGCCCGUUUGAAAGCUGGACCCUCUGCUCCAUGGACUGGGAUGAUCAAGUUCACAGAGGAGGAACCUGCAGUGGGUGUGGUGCCUGGCGAGCCGACUGACCUGGCUGUCAUUGAGGCCACCAAGAGCUACGUGGUGCUGAGCUGGAAGCCCCCAGUGCAGAGGGGCCACGAGGGCGUGAUGUACUACAUCGAGAAGUGCAUUACUGGUUCAGAUAACUGGCAGAGGGUAAACUCUGGCAUGCCAUCCAAAUCCCCACGCUUCGCUGUGUUUGACCUGGCCGAGGGCUCGUCCUACAACUUCCGCGUGCGCUGUUGCAACUCCGCCGGCGUCGGGGAGCCCUCCGCUCCCACUGCAGCCACCACUGUGGGAGACCAUCUCGACCUGCCGUCCGCCCCAGGCGUGGUGGUGCCGGUCAGGAACACUGCCUCGUCUAUGGUGGUGAGCUGGGCCAAGAGCAAGGAUGUUAAGCACCUCGUGGGCUAUUACAUCGAGGUCAGCGUGGAGGGCAGCAACGUGUGGGUGCCCUGCAAUAACAAGCCCGUCACGUCCACAAGGUUUGUGUGCCACGGGCUGAACACCGGGGAUAAGGUGGUGUUCAGGGCGAAGGCGGUCAAUGCCUCUGGAUACAGUACAUCUUCCCCUGCAUCUGAGCCUCUGCUCGUUAAAGCAAGCGUUGCUGUCUGUGGCCCACCCAGCGGUGUGCAUCUGGUGGAACGCAAGCGGGACUACAUGGUGAUUGGCUGGAAUGCCCCAGCAAAGAACGGCGGGGCUGACAUCCGCGGCUACUACCUGGACUAUAGGACAGUCAAGGGAGACGUCACAGGCCAGUGGCACGAGCUCAACACUCAGGCCGUCACUGACACCAAGUACAAGGUUGAGAACCUGAAGGAGAAUGUGUUUUAUCAAUUCCAAGUCCGUGCCUUCAACCUGGCAGGCAUCAGUGUAGGCUCUCUGCCCAGUGAUAGGCUGGAGUGCAAAGAAUGGACUGUGGCUGUGCCAGGACCUCCCUGUGGCAUUCAUGUGCUGGAGGUGCGCAAGGACGGCCUGGUGCUGCUCUGGGAUCCUCCCGUCUUCAACGGACGCAGUGCCAUCAAUGGCUACUACGUGGACAUCAAGGAGGCCUCGGGCGACGAGCAGUCCUGGGUCUGCGUCCACGACAGGUCCAUCCAGAAGAUGUACAAGAGGGUCACUGGUCUCAAGGCCGGCACGGCCUACAAUCUCCGUGUAAGUGCUCGCAACUGCGCUGGCGUCGGCGUCCCUUCCGCAGGGAUCGGACCCGUUGUUGCAGAGACUCGCCCUGGCACCCACGAGAUCAUCGUAGAUGUGGACGAUGACGGCAUCAUCUCUCUGAUCUUCGAGCACGCUGACAUGGCUGAAGGGUCCUCGUUUGUGUGGUCCAAGAACUACCUCGAGAUCGCAGAGUCUUCUCGCCUCACCCUGGAGACUUCAGAGGGCAGGUCCAGACUCAUCUUCAACGACCCAUCUGUGGAGGAUCUGGCCAUCUACUCCGUCAAGGUCACCAACUCUGAUGCCUCCGCCAGCUAUACUCUCACUGAGGAAGGACUGAAGCGUCUCCUUGACAUUAGCUUCGAUCACAAAUUCCCUGUCAUACCCUUCAAGGCUGAGAUGGCUAUCGAGCUACAGGAGAAGGGCAGGGUGCGCUUCUGGGCUCAAGUUGGCAAGUUCACGGAGAACUGCAACAUCGAGUACGUUUUCAAUGACAACAUCGUCGAACAGGGAGCGAAAUACACGAUGAGCUUUGACAAGAGCACUGGCAUCAUCGAGAUGUUCAUGGACUCACUGGAGGUCACUGAUGAGGGAACCUUCACCUUCAACCUGGUGGAUGGAAAGGCCAAGGGCAGCACCAGUCUCGUGUUGAUUGGAGAAGAAUUUGCAGUUUUGCAGAAGAAGUCUGAGUUCGAGAGAGCGGAAUGGGUGAGAAGACAAGGUCCCCACUUUGUGGAAUACCUUGGCUUCGAGGUGACACCAGAAUGCAAUGUGCAUUUGAAAUGCAAGAUUGGAAACAUCAAGCCAGAGACCCAGAUCAGAUGGUUUAAGGAUAAAUUCGAGGUUGAGGAAGGCGACGAGGAAGCAGCGAAAAUCAGUUCUGAGGAUGGUGUGCUGACCUUCGAUAUCGCCAAGUGUGUGUUUAAGAAAGACAAAGAGGAAAAACUGAAACCCGCUGCUGAGGAACCCACCAAGACGCCUAAAAUUUCAAAGAAGGACGCUGGUGUGUACGAGGUCGAUCUGAAGGAUGAGAGAGGAAAGGAUCACAGCGCGUUCGAUCUGACAGGCGCAGGUUACGAGGCGGUCAUGAAUGAGGUGUUCAGAGUUAUUGCAAACUCCUCCACGCAACUCAGUAUUACCAGCACGGAACAUGGAAUCAUAAUGUACUCCUUCAUUGUGUACCAUACUGAGGAACUUCGUGUUGGCUGGCAGCACAAGGAUGCUAAGAUCUCCCACUCAGACAGAGUGCAGUGUGGAGUGACUGGGGAACAGCUGUGGCUCAAGAUCAAUGAGCCCACAGAGAAAGACAAGGGGAAAUAUGCCAUGGAUAUCUUCGAUGGUGGCAGUGGUGUCAAGAGGGUGUUUGACCUGAGCGGACAAGCAUGGGAGGAUGCAUUUGAGGAAUUCAAGAGACUCAAAGCCGCAGCUAUUGCAGAAAGAAACCGUGCUCGCGUUAUUGGGGGUCUGCCUGACGUGGUCACCAUCCAAGAGGGCAAGUCUCUCAACCUCACUGGAAACGUAUGGGGCGACCCCACACCCGAGGUCACAUGGCUGAAGAACGACAGAGAGCUGGUGUCCGAUGAGCAUUACACCCUGAAGUUCGAGGCCAGCAAGUUCGCCAGCAUCACCAUCGCUGCGGUAUCCACGGCCGACUCCGGCAAGUACGCGCUACAGGUGAAGAACAAGUACGGCACCGAGGCCAUGGAGUUCACCGUCAGCGUGUACUUCCCAGAAGAGGAGAAGAAGUAGUGAAGCGUAACGCCACAGAGAGUGGAAAUGGAAGAAAGAGGGGCUAAAACAUGACCAAACUCCCAAAGCACUCUAGCCCUCAGCAUGUCUUGUGUGAUACAAUCAAUACAAAAUCUCACAUCAAACGAAUGUAUGUGGUGGCUGAUGCCACAAUGAACUGUACACAUGGUCUGACCUAUGAAAUCUGAGAUUUUGCAUAAAAAACACAUUUCACAAAGGCCAUGCUUAUAAAAUAUCAAGGUUGUAGCAGACAAGAUAUUCUGUGUGUUACAAGGCUUUGGGUGUUGCCCUUAUGUAAAGCAUUAUUUGUACCACCACAAUUGGAUCAAUACAUUGUCUUAUGUGCAGCCUAUGUCCAACCCAGACACAGAGGAUAAAUUGUGUUUGAAAAGUAUGACAUCUCAAACGGUAUCUUUAACACAUGAUACAAUCUUGAAACAAAACAUAUCAUUUAAUCCCUCAAAUGUAUAAUGGAGUUCAGGCAGUCAGGCAUAUCAAAUUUGCCUCCUCCCUGUUCUUUAGUCAAAUCUACCAAAUAUGCAAAACAUUUAAAUUCAGUAAACUCUCUGGUGGAGUUGUGUCUUACCUAGACUUGCCUUUAUGUCUGCAUUUAUGUUUUGUUUAUGUUUUGUCACAGUUGUUUGCUUCUGAAUAUUUGUUUGAUUCUCUGUGUAUCCACAGCAGCUUAUUUGUUGUCCCCAAGUUGCCAAUGUCAUUCAUUAAAAAAGGUAAAUAAGCAAAUCGGUCAUGCAGUCCACACAUCAUGUGAUGAAACAGUCAUGUAGUUCACAGGUCAUGUGUUCUCUAUCUGACUAAAUACAACCUUUAGCUCCUGAAAUCUUUCACCAGUUUGAAAAUGUAGACUUACAGCAUUCGUGGAACUGUGCUGUCUUCUCAGAAGUGGCAAGAACACCUUUAACAUGCAGAGUGCCUGUUACUGACCUGUUAAUUGUUAUGGCAUGCAGACAUGAGUAAACAUCAGUAGUCUACAUUUAAAGCUGUUCUCCUGAUACAUGAUGUACUAUACUAAAUAAACAAUCCAUGCUUCUUAGCCUCUCUG